UGGCUAACGAUCGUGAUGUGUUUUAUCCACAGUGCCACCUGCAGCCAUCCAGUGGUAACGCACCCAUCUUACAAAACAUUUGCAGCCAUUAUAGUCACGUUUACAGCUGCUUAUGCAAACGCCGAAGUUCCUGGUGCUGGCCUCUCUUGUAGCGUUCACCAGCGACCAGACAUGAAAAACAAGCCCGCCAACAAGUCGGACGCAUGCGAAUCAAAAAGUAAGAAGAAACGAGCUGCAAAAGACUCUGAUCCAGCUGUUUGUAAAACACCACGAGACAGAAAGGAUGGAGAAACAUCUGAUCCAGGGCCUCCUUGUAAGUUUUCAAGAGUCCACAGGAGGAACGGGCACCAUGCGAGCAUCCUGCAUUAUAUUUACAAAAGCACCCUGGGCCAAAGCCUACACUCUCAGAUGAGACAAUGUCUCCAGGAGCCCUUCCUUCGCUCCCUGUCCUCCUACCACUUCCACGGCGCCAGCAGUCCGUUCGAUCGCAGAAUCACCUGUCUGGAGUGGCACCCCACCCAUCCCACCACGCUGGCUGCAGCCUCUAAAGGUGGAGACAUUUUCUUGUGGGACUUCAACAACCCCACGAGAAAAAGCUUUAUUCAAGGGGUUGUGUAUGUCAGACGAGCACGAAGACACUGUUGUUGGUUUUCUGCUCAGAUGGGGCCUGGAGACUCAGUUACAGACAUGAAGUUUAACCAGUUAAACCCCUCUCAGCUGUUCACCUCAUCCAUGGGGGGUACGACAGCCCUGCGAGAGUUCAGUGGGACGACACUUACAGUUUUUGCCAGAACAGAUGCACUGAACUUUUGGUACUGCUGUGUUGACGUGUCUGUGAGUCGGCAGAUGCUCGUUACCGGUGAUAACACAGGGCAGCUCUUACUUGUCGGACUGGAUGGUCAAAAGAUUUUCAGUGACAAGCUGCACAAAGCCAAAGUGACCCAUGCCGAGUUUAACCCCCGCUGUGACUGGUUUCUGGCGACGGCCUCCAUCGACCACACGGUGAAGCUGUGGGACCUCAGGAACAUCAGAGACAAGAAAAGCUUCCUCCAUGAGUUACCUCAUGAGAGAGGAGUCAACUCGGCCUAUUUCAACCCGCUGGACUGCUCGAAGCUGCUCACCACAGAUCAACACGACCAGAUUCGUGUUUACUCUUCCUGUGACUUUUCCAAGCCCCAACACAUCAUCCAGCACCCACACAGGCAGUUUCAGCACCUCACACCCAUCAAGGCCACGUGGCAUCCCAUGUAUGACCUGAUUGUGGCCGGACGCUACCCUGAUGACCGGAUCUGCACCGGGGAUCUGAGGAGCGUCGACAUCUUUGACUCCAACAGUGGGGAUCUUGUGUUCCAGCUUUACGAUUCCACUGCCUCCGGGAUUAAAUCUGUCAAUAAAUUCAGUCCGAUGGGUGACGUGAUCGGAUCUGGUAUGGGUGUAACCCUGCUGGUCUGGGACCACGAUGAGUCACUGGUCAGCGGUCGGCACAAACAGCACGAAGAAACUCCGUCCUCAGUUGAAAGGUCGAGGGCUCCGAGGAGGAGUCAGCCGCGCUCCAGCAGAGACCGAAAAGAUGGAAUUCCACACAUUUUUUCCGGCUUGGAAAAAGGCACCAAAAGCCAGUUGGCUGCUUUGCACAGAAGAAUCAGUAGUUCCGGGGAUACCUAAACUUUGCAGCUAAGUAUUUGCAGCAGAAUUAACUAAGGAAAUAAUUAAUAUUACAUUUAUUCAUUAUUUUGCAUUUGUUUAAUAUUUAAUGGAAAAUACUAUUUUAAAUAUGCAGAAUUUUGGAGGAUUUAUUUGUGUUUUCAUCUGUGAAUGAAAUCUUUAGGUUGUCGUGCUAAAAUGUUACUGUGUCCUUUUUGUAAAUCAAAAGUAAUCAGAAUACUUAUACAUAGU